UGUGGCGCUUCUUUUUCACCAAGUCUUUUAGCUGUAAAUGAAUUAGUUUGUCCCGCUUGACAUUUACAUAGUGUUUUAAUGCUGUAAAUGAAUUAGUUUGUCACAAUUUCAGGAUAAUUUAUAAAGUGUGAAGAGGGAAUACAUUGUAAGCGGUGUGUUUGCUUUAAAUUGUCUAGUGUCUACAAUUACGAGGCUGAAGGAAGUGCAUGCAAAUUGUGUGUAUCUUGUUUAAGGGAAAGACAUAACGAUCAUGUCAUACAUUUGUAAGGUAUUCUCAUUCAUCACAAAGAAUAAACUUAAAUUAUCAUGUCAAGGUAUGUUUCUUCUUCCUGGUACACAAGUUUUGAUCUCGAACUUAUCUUUGAUCUUUUCAUGUUAUUUUGGUGAUAAGACCCUUUUUAACCUCCCUCACUUAUGUUCUUAUUUAAAAAAAAUAUAUAUAUUUAAACAUAACUAUAUAUUGGGGGAAUUUCAUGUUUAAUGCAGCACAAUCAUGAGUUUAUCAAGUUCUCAGUUAAUAAAACAAAAACGUUAACCUUCUACUAGUAUUAAUUAAUUAACUGAAACCUCCUGUCGUUAGGUUUCUCCUACAACAACAACAAAAAUCAAAUAAUCAACAACGAAAUCAAUUAUGAAGCUCUUAGUUAAUAAAACAAAUGCGUAAACCUUCUAGUCCUUAAUUAAUUAAGAGAAACCUUAUCAUUAGGUAUCUCGUACAACCCAACAACAAAAUCAAUUAAAGUUGGUUUUUACGUUAAUGACGUAAGUUAGACUUAAAAAACGACCAAUAGAUACGGGAACUCUCACCACCGAUACGAAGCCUCCAUCACCCGCAUGACACGUCACCCUCACUAAAGCUUCACUGCAACUCAUACUCAAAUCUCAUUGGUCUGUCACAGUCACCGCCAAGUGUCACCGUAAGAAAGAAACACAAAAUAAAAAUAUUAUUUUCCGACUGUUUUUGUUUUAUUUUAUUUUUUUCAAAGAAACGCAAUAAAAGGGUGUUGUGAAAUCAAAGCAAAGCAAAGGAGGAAGGGGGUCGUGCGAGAGCAUAAGAGCGCACUUGAAUCAACCGAUCUCUUUCUCUUCAUCUCUCUCUCUCUCUCUGCAUAUUCUUCGCAUCUCUUCUCGAGCUGAAGAGAGUUGUCUAGAUCCUUUUCGAAUCUCUGCAUUUGAGAUCUCACCGACGACGGAGAGGAACAUUGAGGCAGAAACGUAUCCAGAUUCCUUCUGAAUCUUAACGCGGUUUAGGUGGAGAGGAGGUUUUUGGUUCGGGAAUGCGUCAGUCAUUUGAGCUCAUAUUAGAACUCGAUUGAGCUUUGGGGGAUGAAGAACGGGAUGGCUGAGUGCAGCGUGUGUCGUUCAAGGUUGGUUUCUCCCAGCAGCAAAGCUAUAGCCAGGGCUUAUGACAACCGCAAGAUUAGAGUUUCAUCAAAGCAACGAGCUCUCAAUGUCUUUUUGGUUGUCGGUGACUGCAUGCUUGUUGGUCUUCAGCCUGUACUGGUGUACAUGUCGAAGGUGGAUGGGAAGUUUAACUUCAGUCCUAUUAGCGUCAACUUCUUGACAGAAAUCGCAAAGGUUAUGUUUGCGCUUGUCAUGCUUCUCAUCGAGGCCAGGCACCAAAAAGUUGGAGAGAAGCCUCUAUUAUCGUUUUCCACAUUUGUCCAGGCAGCUCGGAACAAUGUGCUUCUCGCUGUUCCAGCAGGGUUGUAUGCCAUUAAUAACUAUUUGAAGUUCACAAUGCAGCUAUAUUUCAAUCCUGCUACUGUGAAGAUGCUCAGCAAUCUAAAGGUUCUGGUAAUUGCUGUUCUACUGAAGAUGAUAAUGAAGCGACGGUUUUCCAUCAUUCAGUGGGAAGCACUUGCUCUGUUGCUGAUAGGGAUUAGUGUAAAUCAGCUGCGUUCUCUUCCUGAAGGUGCUACUACUAUUGCUGUUCCAAUUGCUACGGGUGCAUACUUUUGCACCUUUAUAUUUGUUACGGUCCCAUCCUUGGCAUCUGUCUACAACGAGUAUGCUUUAAAGAGCCAGUUUGAGACAAGCAUUUAUCUUCAGAACUUAUUCCUCUAUGGGUAUGGUGCAAUAUUCAACUUCCUUGGAAUACUAGGAACUGUUAUAUAUAAAGGUCCUGCCAGUUUUGACAUCCUACAAGGACAUUCUAGGGCUACCGUGUUUCUGAUAAUGAACAACGCAGCACAAGGGAUUCUAUCUUCCUUUUUCUUCAAAUAUGCAGAUACAAUAUUGAAGAAAUACUCAUCCACGGUUGCCACAAUAUUUACUGGCAUAGCAUCUGCAGCACUCUUUGGACAUGUAUUAACCAUGAAUUUUCUUCUGGGGAUUUCUAUAGUUUUCAUUUCAAUGCAUCAGUUCUUUUCACCCCUUGCAAAAGUGAAAGAUGAGCAACAAAACGGAAACGUAGAAAUAGUUAAUGCAAAGGAUAGUCAUAGGGCUAAAGACUCAUUCAUCAACAUGGCAGCAGGAGCAAAUGAAGAGGCUACUCACCGUGUUGGAUCAGACGACAGAGAGCCACUUCUUCCCAGAUAAACACUCUCUCACCGUAAGAGAUUUUGUUUCACAGAAUUCUUUAAGCCUAAGAUUAUUUUAGAGAUCAGGGGACAAUUCCGACCGUAUACCACAUGGUUCCAAUGCAAUAAACUUCUUUUUCUAUAUAUAAAACAUGUAUUCUUUUUUUUUUCAGACAAAGAACAAAGCAAAAAAAGCAACUCUUUAUAGUAUUAGUUACGUAUUUUUUCAAGAAGAUCUCUCUUUGUAAUCCUUUUUGUUUCCGUUUCUCUAUAAUACAUAUUUUUAAUUAAAUAAAAA